AUGCAACCGGCACCACCACCUCCAAGUGCUCUAGGUAGAUAUCGUCUUUUGUCGCCUACUGCGGCUGUUCGUGUAUCACCACUAUGUUUGGGUGCAAUGUCUAUUGGUGAUGCAUGGGAAUUUAUGGGCACACAAUCUAAAGAAAAUUCAUUUAAAAUUCUUGAUUUAUUUUAUGAAGCGGGAGGAAAUUUUAUCGAUACUGCCAAUGGUUAUCAAAAGGAGCAAAGUGAAAUCUGGUUAGGAGAAUGGAUGCAAAAACGACAGAAUCGUAGUCAAAUGGUAAUUGCAACUAAGUACACCAGUAGAUACAGAUCGGAUUGGGAGAAAGAACCAAUUCAUGUCAAUUUUGCAGGAAAUUCAGCCAAAUCUUUACAUGAAAGUGUAGCUGCUUCUUUGAAAAAACUUCAAACAGAUUAUAUUGAUCUUCUUUACGUACACUGGUGGGAUUAUACCUGUUCGAUUCCUGAGUUGAUGCAAUCUCUUGAUCAUCUGGUCAAAGCAGGUAAAGUACUUUAUUUGGGAGUAAGUGAUACACCUGCAUGGGUUGUUGCGAAAGCCAAUCAAUAUGCAAGAGACUAUGGACUUCGUCAGUUUUCAGUCUAUCAAGGACUUUACAAUGCUGCUAAACGUGAUGUUGAAAGAGAAAUUCUUCCAAUGCUUCGAGACGAAGGAAUGGCUUUCGCGCCUUGGGCAGCAUUGGGUGGUGGUAAAUUUAAAACACAAGAACAAAUAGAAGCAAUGGAAAAGACAGGUGAUAAAGGACGAACAUUUGGUGGUUUUAGAAAAGGUCCAUCUGAAGAAGAUAAAGCUGUUACGACUGUUCUAGAUAAAAUUGGUAAGGCCAGAAAUGUUUCACUGACACAGAUUGCUUUGGCUUAUGUAAUGUCAAAGCAACCAUAUAUCUUUCCUAUUGUCGGUAUUCGAAAAAUUGAACAUUUACAAGACAAUAUUGAUGCUUUGAAAAUGCGUUUGAGUAAAGAAGAAAUUAAAGAAAUUGAAGACGCAUACGAUUUCAAAGUUGGCUUUCCUCAUGAUUUUAUCGGACAGCAUCCUAGUCAAAAUUGGCUUUUACAAAUGGCUGGUCACUAUGAUUGGAUAGAAAGAGAAAAAAGUUUGAAUGCUAGUUGA